AGGAUGCUGCGGUUCCUGCGCCGGACCUUUGGCCGCCGCUCCAUGCAGCGCUACGCGCGGGGCGCGGCGGGGCGCGGGGCCGCCGGGCUGGGGGACGAGCGUGAUGGGGGGCUCCGGGGGGGCCCGGCUGUCGCCGUCGCCUCCUCGGCCCUGCCCGCUGCGCCCGGGGGCAGCGUGUUCCCGGCCGGUGGCGGGCCCCUGCUCACCGGCGGCGCGGCCGUGCACAUCUCCGCCGCCGGCGCGGCCAAGGCCACCCUCUACUGCCGCGUCUUCCUGCUCGACGGGACCGAAGUGAGCGUGGACCUGCCGAAACAUGCCAAAGGCCAGGAUUUGUUUGAUCAGAUCGUGUACCACUUGGACCUUGUGGAAACAGAUUACUUUGGCCUCCAGUUCCUCGACUCGGCCCAGGUUGCGCACUGGCUGGAUCAUUCCAAACCCAUAAAGAAGCAGAUGAAAAUUGGACCUGCAUAUGCUUUGCACUUUCGAGUUAAAUAUUAUUCUUCAGAACCGAACAACCUUCGAGAAGAGUUUACAAGGUACCUGUUUGUUUUACAACUCAGGCAUGACAUUCUUUCUGGAAAAUUGAAGUGCCCCUAUGAAACAGCUGUGGAACUAGCUGCUCUCUGUCUGCAAGCAGAGCUUGGGGAGUGCGAGCUUCCAGAACACACACCAGAGCUUGUGUCUGAGUUUCGGUUCAUUCCAAAUCAGACAGAAGCGAUGGAAUUUGAUAUCUUCCAAAGAUGGAAAGAGUGCAGGGGAAAGAGCCCUGCCCAGGCGGAACUCUCCUAUCUGAAUAAAGCGAAGUGGCUGGAAAUGUAUGGGGUAGACAUGCACGUUGUCAGGGGAAGAGAUGGCUGUGAAUAUUCUCUUGGACUGACCCCGACAGGCAUAUUAAUCUUUGAAGGAGCUAACAAAAUAGGCUUAUUCUUUUGGCCUAAGAUUACCAAAAUGGAUUUUAAAAAGAGCAAACUAACACUCGUGGUGGUGGAGGACGAUGAUCAGGGUCGUGAGCAGGAGCACACCUUUGUGUUCCGGUUGGACAGCGCCCGUACCUGCAAGCACCUGUGGAAGUGUGCGGUAGAGCACCAUGCUUUCUUCCGCCUGCGCACACCUGGGAAUGGCAAGUCCAACAGAUCUGACUUCAUCCGGCUGGGCUCCCGCUUCCGGUUUAGCGGGCGGACAGAAUAUCAAGCUACACAUGGCGCCAGGCUGCGAAGGACCAGCACCUUUGAGAGGAAGCCUAGCAAACGUUACCCAUCCCGGAGACAUUCCACGUUCAAAGCAAGCAACCCAGUGAUAGCUGCUCAGCUCUGCGCUAAAACAAAUCCUGAGGUUCACAAUUAUCAGCCUCCGUACCAUCCUAAUGUCCACUCCAGCCAACCCCGGUGGCACCCUCACUCUCCAAAUGUCAGCUACCCGCUCCCCUCCCCUUUGCUCAGUCCCUCGGACCGGCUGCCCUUUGGCAUUGAGGAGAACGGGGGUACACCAUUCCCUCCAAAAGCUUCUGGAAGACAUCACCACCAGCACCAGCAUCAUUCCAACUAUGGCCUCUCACUGACCCUGGAGAACAAAGAGGGGCCAUUAAGGUCCCCAAACUCCAGCAGCAAGUCCCUUACCAAACUGAGUCCAGGAGCACCUGCCCUGUUCAGCGAAGCUGCUGCCCAUCUGAAGAAGCUGGAACUGGAGACAGUGAAGGCUGCUGGGCCGUGGCCUGCUCUGCAUAUCAACAUCAAUAAGGCUGAAGAGAAGAAAGUUUCUGAGAAGACUCUGCAGACCCCACUGCUGCCUUCCCCCGUGGCUGAGCAUGUUAAGUGCAACAUCCUGAAGGCACAGUUGGAGAAUGCUUCCAGGGUGAAUGCUCAGAUUGGAAAAGAGGAACCAACGUUUGUAAAUAUCAGUAAGAAAUCCAGUCUUCAGGAUACGAACGUGAGAAGUCCUAUCCCAAUACGUGUGGAAACUGCCCAACCAGCUGUGGAAAAACCAGAAAUCAAGCCUCCCCGCGUGAGGAAGUUAACGAGACAAUAUAGUUUUAACCGCAGUGAUGAAGACGACCUCCCUCCAGACCUGGCUGAGGCUGUAGGAGCCACGACCACAAAUACCACAACUGCCACCACGCAAAUCUCAGUGCCGCUGGCAUCCCCCAAGGUCCAGAAAGUCACCUCACCUCAGAAGUCAGAAGGCAAGAACCCACUGUCCCCAGGGGCCAAGAGCCCCUGUGACCGAGCAGGCGCCUUCACUUUGGAGCCUGGUGACCUUCUGAUGGAUUUCACAGAAGCGACACCUCUGAUAAAAACAUUCCCAGCUGACCCACUGAGCCCGUUUCCUGAUCCUUUUACUACGGGGCCACCGUUUACCGCAGACUUUAGAGACAGUAAAUUACAAUGCUGUCCUGGCCAGUCUUCCCCACUGAUUCCAGCAGCGACCCUGAGGCCUUUGACAGAGACCGUGUCCACAGUGCAGACCAUCUAUACCACCCGGAAGCCUGUCUCCCUGGCAGCCAGUGCUGAGACACUCCGACAGGAACUGGAGAGAGAGAAAAUGAUGAAAAGACUGCUGAUGACUGAACUGUGACACUCCUCUUGUCGCCUGGAAGAUGGCACCGUGCCUUCUGUCCAUUUCCUUUCUCGGGGCCCUGUGUGCUCACUGGAGCACAGCACACAGUGUGUGCUGUGUUCGCCCAGGUCUCCAUGGCUAGCUAGCUAGCAGAAGCCCAGUGGGGGCAAAACUUUGUUGGAAAAGUUAUUUUAUGUCUCCUGAGCAUUAGAUGUUUGCUACUGCUCAAUAUAAUGGAGACAGGAUUUGGUAAGUCUAGGAGUAGCCAGAGGGGAAAGCAGAAAUUCCUACUCAGAAGUAUCUGGGAGCAUCUGUCAAUAACCACAGGGGUUAACAGAUGGAAUCUUUGGCUAACAAUCUCAACCAUGUGAUUUUGUCUGAUUGACACUUGCACCAAGCUUUGUUUGUUAAAAGGAUCAUUUGUACUGAGAGAAUAAUUCUUUACUGAUGGCUUUUCUCAUUUACACUGAUAAAUACCCAGAUCUUAUAAAGCCUUUUCUUUUCAUUCAGACUUGAGUAGAUGAACUAAAGAAAGGAAGUUUCAUAUUACCACAACAGGAAAGUCCUUCCACUUAAUCUGAAAAAAGAAUGUAUGAACUUGUUAAAGAAAUAGAAUUUACCAUUGGACCCCAAGUCAGAAAUUCUAGCUUACUUUAUUUAAAAUUUUCUUACAAGAUUAGGAGGAUUUGAUAUCAAGAAGAUUCCUUUGGAUUUUCCAGAAAGGAAAAUUGAUCAAUUCCUGUCCUAUUGCUAGAAACCUGACCAGAAGAAACUUUACUCCUUUUUUUAUAUAGUUUCAAGAGAUGUGUUUUUAAAUUUUUAUUAUGCAUUUGAACAACUUUGCAGGAAUAAAGGAACCCCCAGCCACAAACUUAACUCUAAAUUACUCCCCUAGCUUUCUCAGUGAAUAUGCACACUUUUUACAUAGCUUUGAUCAGUGCAUACAUUCUCUUUGUUCUUCCCUACCUAACACUUAGCUCCUUAACAGAUCCUACUCUUACCAACUUAAAUGUCUUUAUACCCAUGGAAUAUGACUAAUCUCACUUUUCCUCAUUACUAGAUAUUUGAGUUAUAUCCAUUUUUUUCACUCUUAUAAAUAGUGCUGCUAUGAAUGUCUUUGUAAAAAAAAAAAAGAUAAUCUGCUCCUUCCUUUGGAUUAUUCUCUUUGGGAAUAUAUUCAAAGAAGGAUUAUAAGGUCAAAGAGCAUGAAAUAUUUUAUAGCUCUUGUUUUAUAUUGCCAGAAUGCUUUCUAGAAAGAACCAAUCUUUGGGUUGGAAGGACCUUAAAGGUCAUCUAGUUUAACCCCUUACCACCCUGAAUGCUUGAAUCCCCACUACAAUUUAUGAUGCCACCAGCAAUGUAUAAGCAUUUGUAUUUACCAAUAGCUCUGCCAGUGUUGGGUUUUGCCAUUUUAAUUUAUUUUUUGCUAGUUUAAUAUAUAUGUAUAGUUCUUGAGACUUUUUUUUUAUUUCAUUAAUUGCUAGCAAGGCUCAGCACUUUUCCAUGUGAUGAUUUACUAGUUGUAUUUCCUUGUGUGUAAACCAUCCAUUCAUUUCUUAUGAUGGCUUGUUAAGUGGAAUUGAUCUCAUACAUUUGUACCAGAACUGUAUUUUUAUGUUGUUUUAUAUAGUUUGCUCUCCUGUCCCUUUCCUUAUAAAUGAAUGGUGCCAAUAAUUUGAUACUAAUGACUAUAAAAAAAAAAGCAAUGCUUCAUUUACUAGCUUUGCUGUAAGUGAGGUGUAUAGCAAAUAUUCAGAUAACCAAGGAGUAACCCUUUAAGUGCUGACUCUUUAAAAUUUUAAUAUUUUUUUGAGGGAAAUCUUUCUAAGGUGUAUUACACAAUUGCCUGCCUUAGUAACUAGUAUACUGGAGAGUAUUUAACCUUUUCUUGGUGAACCAUGGUCAUCAUUAUAGACACGAGCCCUUUUUGUACCUUGGUAUGGUUCAGUGAUGUCACCAGGCACUAUCAAGAAGUAUGGGGCUUAGCUUGGCCUUUGAUAGGCUAUGAUGCUCUUUCCACUCAUGGCUUUUUACUGCUGUCGGCUCUAUCAGUGGAACUAUUUGAGGCAAUUGUACUUUGGGGAGGUCUUUACCCCCCUUCCCUGGCACACUCCCAGCUGUACUUGUAAAAUGGCGUCAGCUAGCCUUUCUUUCAUGUUUCCAACACAAAAUGUGUUCCUGUAGAACAUGAGGCUGUCACCUCCUAGCAAUCCAUCAGCCUCUUCCCCUUCCACACUGCUUUGUGAGGUGUGUACUUCCCACCUCCUGCUCUAUAGUGGAAACCUCCAAGAGACACUGAAGUCUCCUGGGGAGCCAGGAAACACAUAUUUUGUAUUUCAUCGUCAUCAGGUUUGCUUUUGCUUCUGAGGAGGGAUGCAUGAACUUCUUGGCUGCUGUUUUCCCAGGAGCUCUGAGUCUCCUGCUUUGUCCUCACUUCCCCCUGGGUUCACAGGUGUUUCAGAAGUGUGAUGUCACUGGAAGUCUGAGCACAAAUAAGUUGGCUGUUACUGUAUAUGAAAACCCAGUACCUGUGGCAGCUCACCUCUGACCAGUAAAAUCUCGAGGAUUCCAUUGUUGAAGCUAUUUGUCCUGGUUAUUUGCUUACUUCCAAUGAAUGAUGGGUGCCUAGCAUUGUUACCUGGGUAGGAAACUCUGUACUGGGUCAAUACACAGCGACUAAAAGCAAUUGUACAAUUGCUUCACCAGUUUCAUGUACUUGAAACCAAAACAACAGCACCAUAAUGUCACAACAACACACAUUUUAGGUUCAGGAGAAAACCUCCUGAACUCAGAUAAUCAUUCUGAAGCUGAGUCCAACUUGUGGCUACCGAUUCCUGGUGGGGGUGAUGGGUUACUGCAAGAGUCUGGGCGUCCUCUACCUCAGGGCUUACGGAUUGUGAACUGCAUAGAAGAUACUCAGGCUUGAAAUGUUUGAAAAGGAAGUCCUUGAGCAUUCAGAAGAUCCCACCAGGAUGCAUUGAGAAUUUUAUAUUCCCCAAAUAGUACAGGGAUAUUUUGAUGUCAUUGUUCUUUUCUUUCACCAUCUCAAAGAUCACAGCUUUUUAAAAUAAUCAAAUAAAAUUCACCAUUUUGAUCAUCUUA